UGACGCGGAAGUCGUUCCGAACCAGCGAGGAAUAUUUUCCGAGUAUACUGCCAGUUCCAUUUUUAUAAACGGUUUAGAAACCGGGAAUUUGUUACUCGUACAACAGCAUGCCUGGAAAAUGUGCAAGAAGCACCCUUUCAAAGUACCUGGAUGGAGAAUUUUAUGAUUUGAAGGACCGUCUCCGUCAAGAAAUAAGCCAAUGCGAGCUAUUCCAUUUGACCAGUUACGAUCUCACACUGGACGAAACGAGAGACCUCACUGCUGAGCGACUGCACUUUGUCCUACAGCUUCCCGAAAUGCGCCGUCACCUUAAAGAACAGGUGAAGGAGAGGCAGAGCCGUUUUAUAUGUAAAAGCCUGGGGAUCGCAGAAGUGAUUUGCACAGCAGACUUGGCCACAGGAGUAAAGAUGGGGGUGGUGUGUGGGCUGUUUGGAGGUGCAGUCACUAACCUAGGCAGCCCAGAGCAGAAGGAGAAAUGGUACCUGCCAGUUACAGAGCUGCAGUUCACUGGGAUGUUUGCCAUGACAGAGAGGGGUCACGGGAGCAAUGUGCGAGGAAUCCUCACAGAAGCUCAUUACGAGCCCUCGUCCCAGGAAUUCAUUAUCAACACACCUUGUGAGGAUGCCAAGAAAAUGUACAUUGGGAAUGCCAUGAAGGGCAACUGUGCUGCCGUCUUUGCCCAGCUCAUAAUGAAUGGGGAAUCCCAAGGCCCUCAUUGCUUCAUUGUUCCUAUCAGAGAUCACCAAGGUGUCAUGUACCCAGGAGUGACUGCCAUUGACAUGAAACACAAAGAAGGUCUCCAUGGAGUUGAUAAUGGUAUCUUGGUUUUUAACAAUGUUCAUAUUCCAAGGGAGAACCUGCUGAAUAAGUUUGGCUCUGUGUCCCCUGAUGGGGUGUACCACUCUCCUGUACAAAACAAGAGCAAACGCUUCAAUGCAAUGUUGGCCGCUCUUACCCCUACUCGCUUGGCCUUGACCGUCCAGGCACUGGCUGCCAUGAAGUUAGGCCUCAUCAUUGCAGUCCGCUACAGCCACAGCCGCAGGCAGUUUGGUCCAAGAGACCAGGAAGAAGUGAAGAUCAUUGAGCACCAGACCCAGUACCUGCGUUUAAUGCCCCACCUGGCAGCUGCCCUGGCUCUCACCUUCACCACCAGGUUCGCAGCAGAGAUGAUGGACGAGGCGCUGCACCACGGGAGGGACCUGAUGAACAGCCGCUCCCUGCAGGCGCUUGUGGCCGGCCUGAAAGCCUACAGCACGUGGGAGAACCUGGCCUGUCUGCAGGACUGCCGGGAGUGCACGGGGGGCAUGGGUUUCAUGAUGGAAAACCGCAUACCAGCCCUGAAGUGUGACUCUGAUGUCUUUGUUACAUUCGAGGGUGACAAUGUCGUCAUGUUACAGGUGGUGGUGCGGGAGCUGAUGACUCAAUACACCAAACAGUUAGAGAGUAGUGCCAUGUUUGGACUCCUCAGGAACUGGACAAGCACAGCCUCUGACAGCCUCAGAACCAGUGUCCUGGGAUUCAGCAUGGACAAAGUUGGUGACCUAGCCUUUCUACUGAAAGCGGUGAGCUACAGGGAGAGAGUUCUUCAACGCAGCCUCGCGGCCAGGCUUUACACAAAGGUGGAGAAGAACAAGGACGAAUUUUUCAGAGCCUGGAACUCCUGUCUCCAUCAUGUGACUAGCCUGGCCCUGGCUCACAUACACAGAGUUACUCUGGAACAAUUUGCGAUGGCAGUACAAGCUUGUCGGGUCAAAGAAGACCAGACCCUAUUGACAAAGUUCUGUCUCCUACAUGGCACCAGCCUGGUGUACCAGGAGAGAGCCUGGUAUCUGGAGCACAGCUACCUCACACCAACCACCAGCAGACUGAUCCGCAGUCAGUUGCUGGAGCUGUGUAAAUCUGUUAAGGAUGAUGCUCUGAAAGUUGUCGCUGACUUCAACAUUCCGUCAUGUUGCGUUCAAGCCCCUAUUGCAGGGGUGGUAAACCCCAGAGCAGAAUGGGCUUUCUACUCCUCACCUCGGCAUCCUGACGAACCUCAAGUGGAGGUGAAGACCAUGUCUAAACUGUGAGAUUCUCUGACUUCCUCUUCACCUCACCCACGUUUGGACACCAUCACUGUGAUUGAUGUUAGAGUGAAAAGAAGGAUUUUUUCACUGGAUCUCAUUUCUCAGAUUUAAAUGACGACUAAGACUUCUGUCUUAAAUUGGUCUGCAAUGUGUUGACUUGUGAAACUUGUAUUCGUAGCCUAUGAAUAUGGGGGCCUUCACCUUCUGCUGUAAAGGGAAUUUGAACACUACCUUCUAAUGUUGGGUUUCUAGUCCUAAUUAGAUGGUACCACAUACAAUGACUUUCGUACAUUGGAUAUUUGCAUCUAUAUGAAUAUGCAUUAUAUAUGUUAAUUGGUUGUUUUGAACACUGAACUGCUGUAAACUCAUGUACUUUUUGCAACAAGGUGAGAUACUGAUGGAAAGAGAAUUUGUUUUUCUGUUAUGAUAUUGUGACAUAUGAAA